UCUCUCUCUCUCUGUUUUAGCUCACUCCUCUUUCUCUCUCUCUCUCUCUCUCUAACCCUGAAAUACAGGAAGCAGAGAUACCCAUUAGAGUUUAAUGUCUACCCACCUCUUCUUCUGAGCUCCUCUCUCUCCCUUCCUCUCUCUCUCUGUCUCUCUCGCUCUCUCUCUACAAAGACUGAAACUUUGUCGGUUCUAAACUUUCUCUGCUUAGAGAAACGCAGACCCAUUUGUUCUCUUUGUGUUCUUUGCUAGGAAAAAGUCCCCAAAAGAAACGGGAAACAACCCAUUUUCCGUAGCUCCUGUAAUUUCACCUCCCUCUCUCUCUCUCUCUCUCUCUGUUUUCUGUAGCUUCUGUUUGUUAGAUCUAUUAGUUGUAACCUUGUGUUAAUUUGUUGCAUUUGAGCUGUGAUUAUGAGUAAAGAAGAGUUCUUGAAGAUCCAGAAAUGUGUUCUCAAAGUGAACAUCCACUGUGAUGGAUGUAAACACAAAGUAAAGAAAAUUCUGCAGAAAAUCGAUGGGGUUUUCACCACCGACAUAGAUUCAGAGCAGGGGAAGGUGACGGUCUCCGGAAAUGUGGACCCUGCUAUUCUGAUUAAGAAGCUUGCAAAAUCCGGCAAAUAUGCAGUGCUUUGGGGCGCUCCGAAGGCAAACAACAACCAGAGCAACCUCCCUAAUCAGUUCAAGAACAUGCAAAUUGAAAAUGGCAAGGGUGGAAACAAUGGCGGUAAAGGCGGGCAGAAUGGUGGUGGCGGCGGUGCUAACAACCAGCCAAAGAGCGGCCAACAAGGCGGCCAGAAACCGCAGCAGCAGAACCAGCAGCUUCAGCAGCAGAACCAGCAGCUUCAGCAGCAGCAGAACCAGCAGCUUCAGCAGCAGCAGAACCAGCAGCUUCAGCAGCAGCAAUUGCAGCAACUCAAGCAGCAGCAACUGCAGCAACUCCAGCAGCAACUCCAGCUGCAGCAACUCCAGCAAAUGAAGGGGUUCCAAGAUGUGAAGCUGCCACAAUUGAAGGGCAUGCAAAUGCCCCUUAGUUUCAAGGACCCGAACCCGAACCCGAACCAGAAGGCGGUGAAGUUCAACAUACCGGAGGAAGAGGAUUUGAGUGACGAUGAGUACGAUGACCUUGAUGACGAUGAUGACUAUGACUAUGACGACGAUGAGUUUGAAUAUGACAUGGAUGAGCCCCAUCAUCCUCACACAAAGGGGAAGCCUGUGGUGAUGGGCAAUGGCGGCCAGGGGAUGCCUCCGAACAUGGGGAUGAUGAAUGAGAUGAUGAAGGGGAACCAUCCUCAGAUGAUGAAUGCCGCCGCCCAAAAGGGUGGUGGCGGGAAUGGUGGUGCCCAGAAUGGAGGUGGUGCUGUGGUUAAUGGGAAGAAGGGAGGAGGAGGUGGUGGUGGGCCUGUGCCUGUUGGUGGUGGGAACAAUGAGGGUAAAAAUGGAAGUGCAGGAAAGAAGGGCGGUGCCGGUGGUGGAGACCAACACCACAAUCAAGGAGGCGGGGGUGGAAAGAAUGGAGGCAAAAGUGGGGGCUCUCCAUUGGAUGGCAAAAAUGGUGGUGGGGGAAAUGCCAAGAAUGGAAACAGUGGUCAAGGGGGUCCUAAUGGGAGCAUGAACAAUGGCAAUGGGGGUAAAAAAGGUGGUGGUGGCGGCGGAGGAGGAAUGAGUGAAGUUCAAGCUAUGAACAAUGCUUUUCAGAACAUGGGUGGGCGUCCUCAGGGCAUGCCUGGAGUUAGUGUGGGUCAGAUGGGCAACAUGAACAUGGGAAUGGGGCCAAUGGGCAGCAUGCCUAUGAGCCAAAUGGGCAACAUUCCAGCUGUUCAAGGCCUUCCGGCGGGUGCCAUGAAUGGCGGUGGUGGAGGAGGCGCCGGCGGAGGGUACUUCCAAGGAGCUGGGCCUGAGGCCAUGCCCGGUAACCCCUACCAACAACAACAAUACUUGCAGGCUGUGAUGAACCAGCAAAGGGCAAUGGGCAAUGAGAGGUUCCAACCAAUGAUGUAUGCUAGGCCACCACCUGCUGUCAACUACAUGCCCCCCGGCCCACCGGCGCCAUAUCCAUACCCAUACGCUCCUCCUCCAGCUGGUGAACCAUACACUCACUUCUUCAGUGAUGAGAACACCUCAAGUUGCAAUGUGAUGUGAAAAAUAAAAAACGAACAAUUGACUGAAAAUUGGUCCUGCAGCUGCUGAUUUGGGUUAAUUUGCUGAGUUUGUCGUGGUUCUGGUGAUUGCAGUUAAUGGUUCUAAGAUCUGAUGCCAUAUUAUACAUGGAAAUGCUUUUUAAUUUCUCCUUUUUUUUUCCAUCUUUGAUCAUCUUACCUUUUAAUCCAAGUUAAUUAGGGUUUAAUUAAGAAUAGGGAGUAUUUAUAGAUAAUAUAUUUAAAGUAAUUAGGGGAGGAGAUGGGGAUGUAAGUGGAGGGAGAGGAGAUAAUGCUCUGCUCUGCUCUGCUGUCUCUGUUUUUUAUGAGGAUGUUUAUAUAUGUUUAUAAGUUGCAGAAGCAAAAAUAAGAUGAAAAGAGAAGGGGAGGCCACAUCUCUCUCUCUGCCCAUUUUCUCUCAUAA